AUGCUGGGCAAUAAUCUCGCAUUCCAGCAAAGCCUGUUAUACAUUCAGACCGAAGUUUCCGACCUCGGAUCAACGCUGGUCUGGGUUGCUGGGGGCGGCUUCGCCAUGGUGGUCGCCAUCAUCGCCUCACUCCUCCUAAAACCACUGCCGAAUUACAGCGCCUAUUGGGCUACACUCUGGUGGCUUCCGGCUAUUGCAGGCGAGAUCGGCAUGGUCACCCUGCCAUGGGACCGGACCGUUCCGUUGCUCGCGUGUUUGCUCCUAGCCUGUAACACUUGGGGGAUGGCGUAUAUCAUCUCACUAGGCUGGGCUGCAUCUAGCUGCGCUGGGUAUACGAAGAAGCUUACCCGGAGCGCGAUGUUCAUGGCUGCGUAUGGUGUGUCGAGCAUUAUUUCUCUGCAGAUGUGGAAACGCGGUGGACCGCGGUAUUAUGGGACGUGGAUUCGUGCAGAUUGUUAUUUCUUGGGUGGGUACCGCGGUGUUCCUCUUUGUCAUUCGGUAGAUUCUGGCUCGGAGGAAUGA